CUCCAUUAGAGCAGAAUCUGUAGAGAAGCUUCGGGACGUCGCUCGGAGACAUUUCCUCUGGACUCGUCCUCCAAUGGGCCCCGUCGCCUGUAGCGUCUCCCCCCCCAGCCUCUGACCGACUUGUCCCGCUGCUGCCGCCCGGCGUCCAGCGCGUCUGCUCCGGGAGAGGUUUCCAUCAAGCACAACCUACAGCGACCAGCGACAGGAGAAUGGCAGCGAUUCCAGCGGGCGGUUCUCUUGUGGCAACAACUGACUACUACCGAAGGCGCAUCGGCUCUACGUCCAGCAGCAGCUCUUGUGGCAGUUCAGAGUUCAGCGGGGAGGUCAUCCCUCACCACCCAGGACUCCCCAAGCAGGACUCUGGACACUGGUGGUCCAGCUUCUUCUUUGGGAAGCAGCCAGGGAUGACCCCUCUGACGGAGGAGGCACAGCUGAAGGCGGGGGUUCCGGGUGCGGUGACGAACGGUCAGAUCACCUGCGUUGCCAGGGAGAUGGUGAUGCACCGCCAGGUGAGUGAGAGCAGCGACGCAGGAAGCCCCGCCUCCUCCUGAUCCUGCCGCCUCACUCCGACCCACGCCACACCUCGGGGGAGGGGAAUCAAACCAACGACCAACGCUAGGUGACGGGAGAAUGUCCCGUUUACAACCUUUUUAGUUUUUUAUUAUAAUUAUUCUUCAUUGUAGGACAGGCUGCCUUCUUCGUUUUGUUUCCUUGUGUUUUUUAUUGACAACUUAAAAAAAAGAAAAAUAUAAAAAAAAGAAUGAGACGAUGAUGAUGAUGAUGAAACUAAUGAGCUUGUUUUUUAACAUUUGUACUGUUCUGUGUUUGUAAUCCUGUGGUGCAUAGAAACACUGUGGUCAACACACGUCCACAUGCUUUUGUUAAACUCUUCUCACUCUGUGGUUGCAAACGCAAUAAAGUAGCCUCUGGCAGCCUAAA